GCCUGUGCGCCGUCACGUGGCCGGGUCCGGGCGUCGUAGUGGAGCGUUCCACAGUUUGCCGGUCGAGCACGAGACAGACACAAGGUUGUUUUUUUUUUUUGUUUUUUUUUUUUUAGGCUCGACGUUUGUUUACUCGAUUCGAGAAAGAGGAAGUGGAAGAGAAACCCCGGGACAGCGUCGAGGAACCGUGUGACCGCCCCGCCCCCGCCGCCCGCAGGCAGCUUCUGCUUCUCCGUUAACUUUUCCCUGCCGACGUCCAGGGGACCUGUCGUCGUCGGUGGACCGGACCUGUCGCCGGAAACUUUAAUCUCAAGAGAACAUAAAACAAUACAUGAGAAGAUAAAGCACCUGUCGCCGCCUGUGGACCGGACCUGUCGCCGACUGUGGACCGGACCUGUCGCCGACUGUGGACCGGACCUGUCGCCGACUGUGGACCGGACCUGUCGCCGUCGUCCAGGGGACGCGGGUAUGAACCCGACGAGCAGCUCCAGGCUCCAACUGCGCAGCAAGUUUUACAAACUCCCCGGUGUGAACCGCUGACUCACCGGCUGGAGGUCCUCCAUGCGUUGACCCCCCCUGCCCCCCCCUCUCCCUCUCUCCUCCCGCCGCCUGAAAGAUGAUCGGGUCCCCGGACCUGUUGGCCUUCACCGGCACCGAGGGCUUCGGGGACGGGCUGGGGGAGGAGGAGCAGGGGGGCGCCGGUCUCCCGGAGGAGCUCUCCGUCCCCCUCCUGCCCGCCUCCCCGCCCUGGACCUCCUCCGCCCGCUUCCACCGUGACUUCGUGCUGGUGGCCGAGUUCUCGGAGCAGGUGGGUCCGAAGCCGGUGCUGACGAUACCGGACGACCCCAGAGUCGUCGGCUCCUUCGACCUCAACCACUUCUCCGUCCGCCUCAUGUCCGUGGACUACCAGGCGUCCGGCCCCGUCCACGCCUCCCACGCCUCGCCCAGCCCCCGCCUCAACUUCAGCGAGGACUCCAAGGUGAUCCUGGGCGACUCGGCCGAGGACACGUUCGCCUACGUGCACCACGUGACCCUGUACGACCUGGAGGCGCGGGGCAUGGUGCGUCCCUUCUGCAUGGCCUACGUGUGCUCGGACCAGGCCAAGCUGAUGGAGAACUUCUCCGAGCUGUCGGCGUGCUUCUCCCAGGCGUCCGACAGCCUCAAGACGGGGAACAGGCAGGCGUUCUCUAUGGAGCUGCAGAGGAAACUGCAAGAGCUCGAGUAUAGGCGGUUGACCUUGGAGCAGGAGACGGUGAAUGGCUUCACAGACGAUGGAGACAAAGCCGACGAUCUUGAUGCUGUGGAGCGUUCGAUCUCGACUCACCGGGACCUCCUGCGCCAGGUCACGUCCUACCCAAACAGGAAGCUCAAGCAGCCCGACUUCCUGCCCUACGACCCAGCGGACUCGCUCGCCGAUCCCACCGCUCUGCCGCCUCCCGAGCCGCGUCCCUCCACGUCCGCCUCCUCCUGCAGGUCAGAGCGAUCUCUGAAGUCGCUGCAGGAGCUCUGCAACGCCUACUUCCUCUCCCUGAUGAAGGACCAGCUGGCGGACACCGAGCGCCGCCUGCGAGGUGACAGGAGCGCCCUGCGAACCGCCCGCGUUUCACGCUCGCUGUCCAGGAAGCUCGCCCUCACCAACUUCCUGUUUGAGCAUUGGAGCGCGGAGAACGAAGAGGAGGAGGAGGAGGAGGAUAACGCCGAGGCGGAGCCACCGAGGGGUGGCGAGAUGUUUCGGGCGGAACCGAUGAGCCUGGAGUCGUUCUACUCUUGUGUGGAGGAGAUCCCGAUCAAACUGGAGGCGGGGGAGGCGGGGGAGGACGGGGCGGUGAGCUCCGACUCCAGCGUCGUCAUGGAGAUGACGGGAAGCGUGAGCAGCGGCGACAGCAUCGAAGUGCUCGGCACCGAGAAAUCCUACAGGACGCAGCGUGUCGUCGACGGAUCCGACGGCAAAGCAGAAACACCGGCUCUGCCGGCGGAGGCCUCCGUCAGACGAGUCGCGACAGACGCGGGCGCCAGGCGCGGGCGAGCGUACGCCAGGCGAGCCAACAGCAAUGACAGCAUCGAGGUCCUGAGCACCACCGAGUCCAUCUUUCCCGACGACCUCACCGCCAUCACGGAGGAAGAGGCGGAGCACCAGCCGCUGAGCAACGGCUUCGACGGCGAGGAGGUGACGCCGACAGAGUGUAAACCCGACAACGUCCUAUUGAACGCAGCUACUGUAGGAAACGAGACUGAGAGCAAACUGCCUGCCGAGGAACGUGAUGUUGAUAAAGAAGAGCCUGUAAAGCAGAUCACCGAUCGGGUCGUCAAGUAUUUUAAGAAGAAUCAUGUCCAGGGGGACGACGGUCGGAAGGAGCCGUCCAACAUGCUGCAAGCUCACAAAGCCGGGGACGUGACGCCAAAGUGGCCUGAAGUCCACCAGCCGGUGCGGUCGGUGCCGGACCUCCGUGUGAACCUUCCCCCUCCCGUCGCUCCUCCGGCGGAGGCCGACCGCUGGACUCCGCCCUGCGCCCCCCUCCGGCUGCUGAGCGUCGACGAGGCGUCCGACUGCACCAGCUUCACGGGCUCCUCGGACCCUCCCACCCCCACCCAGAACGUCAUCAAUCGCGGCCACGCCCGUUGCUCGGACAGGAGGAGGAGGAAGGCCGGUCUCCGAGCCCUCCGGUUCGUCAAGCAGAACUCCUUCUCCCAUCACGCCCUGUUCUGUCUCCUGAGCGGCCGGCCGCUGGUCGUCAUCGGCGGAGACCAGAGUCUGGUCCGGAAGCUGGUGGACGCUCUGAGUCUCUUCCUGCCGGCGCCCGGUCCUGACGGGAACGCCGUGACGCUGUGUCUGUCCACGCCUCUUCAGCUGACCGACCUGCUCACCUGGAGGCUGAUCGGAAUACACAGAUCGCCCUCCGGCUCCUCGUCCAGCAUCCUUCACUCUCUGACCCGCUACAGUCGGUACCUGGCCCUGCUGGACCUUGACCAGAGGACCCUGCGCUGUCCGUCGUACUCCGGCUCCCUCGUCGGCCGACUGGCCGAUCCUCGCAGCGGCAUCGGCCGCGGCGUCACCUACCUGCUGCACCUGGAGAGCUGCCUGACGGCGCUGGUCAACCAGGCGCUGCUGUACACGUUUCACGGAGGGAAGGACGGCGCGGGCGGGAGGGACUUCCUGCUCGCGCGAGGAUUCUGCAGCAGCGAGAACGACGUGAGAGUCGUGAGCUUCCUGUCGGACCUCAUCAGACAGCGCCACGCGGGACGUGGACCCGCGGUUUUAAGGUUCUCCUACUGCUCGGUGCAGCUGCACCGGAACACGUAUACAACAUGAGGUUCAACAGACGCUAGGUGAACAAAAACUCAAACAAAAUGCACUGAUUUCUCUCCGAUGCUGAAGGACACACCACUGUGAACAAGUCGUGUUUUUAUCUGCAGUGUUUAAAUGUUCGUGUGUGUGUGUGUGUGUGUGUGUGUGUUUCCUGCUCCAUCAUGUGAUUCUCUGGAUUUACUGUACGUCAGUGCACUAGUGGUAUGCACUAAGUAUUUGGAAGGUUUUUAAUGUUUUAUUGUAGGUGUGUUUUUAACAAGAUAAGAUAAUCAUCUUAGCCACGUGUGCAAUUGAAACAGGUAGAAACCUGUGAAGGAAAACUGACUCUGCAGCUGGAAGACGUUGGAUUGAACCAGUUUAAAGCGGAUUCAGUGGGAAAAAUUGUGGUUUCAGUUUCGAUGGUAAAGAACAGUUUUUAGUUUUUUAAAAAGGUUUUACAGUUUUAUUGUACUUAUUAACAGCGGUGAUAUAAGUAUUCAGAUGUAAAAAGUGUCAAUACAUAAUAAAAAGUAUUACAAAUGAAUCCGUACAAAAUCCAAUGAGAUAUUUUUUUGCGUAGAGGCAAAAAUAUUUUUUGGGCAGAACUGCAAACAUGAAACAAGCAUCUGGAUGCCAUCUUUGUGGGAAGGAGUCAAAUUAACAAUAAAUGUUAACAAAUGUUUUAUUUUCAUGAGCUCAUGGUUUAAAUGUAAAAAUAAACUUGUUACCAACAUUA